AUGACUUCCGAGACAACUGGCUAUCCAGCAGCUCGUGUCGUUCUUGUACCCGUCGACAGUAGUCCCCACUGUGAACGAGCUUUCAACUGGUAUAUAAAACGGGCUCACCGAAUUGAGGACAAAAUAAUCUUGGUCCACGUCAUCCAGCCGAAAUAUUCCUCUUCUACUGGGGGUAUCGUCGUUGAGCAUGCCGUGACAGAUUUCUCCGAUAAUGUGAAUGAGAGCAUUGAAAAAGGCAAAAGGGUCCUGGAAAAGUACUCUAAACAAUGCAAGAAGUAUAACUUCGAGCAUACUAAAACUCUCCGAGCAGACGCCAACCCUGGACACUGCAUAAUCAAGGUCGCAGAUGAGUGCUGUGCCUCGGUUGUCGUGAUAGGCUGUCGGGGUAUGAGCAAAGCUCGCCGAACUAUUCUGGGAAGUUGCUGUCACUAUGUCGUCCAUCACUCCGGAGUUCCUGUCCUCGUUGUUCCUCCCUCCAAACGUAGCGCCGCCUCUUUCAUCGCCGAGGUAAAAGAAGCAGAAAUGAUUGAAUAA